GGAAUAGUCUACACGUUCUUGGUCGCCAAUAGUGCCGUUCAUGUGAUCAUGUACACGUACUACGGAAUGGCUGCCGCCGGACUGUAUCGAUAUUUGUGGUGGAAGAACUAUCUGACGAUCGCCCAAAUGGUUCAAUUCGUAUUCUUGAUCUGUCACCAGAGUCAGAUAUUCCUCAGCUCCACGCCGUGCAACUAUCCGAAAAUAUUCCCGGCUGCAAUCAUGUUCUAUUCCACCGUGUUCCUUAUCCUGUUCGCCAACUUCUACGUCCAAGCUUACUGGCGUAAACAACGCCUGGCCAAGCAUCAUAUCAAAUCGACAGCAGAGCAGAAAUCUGAAACCAAUGGUCACGUGGUUCGAAACGGGACUGUAGCCAAUGGUCAUGUGGACACAGUCGUCCGGGAACGAAGCAAGCGUGUGUAG